AGCAAGAACUAACAAAAUACCAUCACAUGGCCUAUAAUCCAAAAUGAAGUGGGUCAGGAAAGAGAAGAUGUCAACAACAGCUACAAGCCAAAACCAGUUCCACUUACUGGACCAGCAUCUGGAGCCUUUUUCAGGUCAGUCACAGUGCCUGUUUGAUAGUUAUUACCCACAAACUUCAGAGGUACAAGCUACUGACCCAGUGACCCUACUCGAGGGACUCCAUGAUUCCAACAGCAACCCUUCAAAUCCUGUCUUCCCAUCUUUAUCAGAAGAAAAGGAGUAUACUCGGAGGAUGAAAAUCAACAAAUCCCCAGGAUUACCAAAAGCCAAGGAAACUCCCUUAUCCUACAAGGCAAUGGAUGAUUGUCUAUUCAAGAGCCCUGAGAUUGGUCUUGGCAUCUUGCUGGAACCCGUGCAGGAAGAAAGCACAAGGAAAAAUAUUGACUGUGAAUUUCAAUUUAGGCUAACCUCCCUUACCAAAACCUAUAAACCUGAUUUUGUUGCUGUUUUGGAACUUAUGAUUCAGGAACAUAAAGUCAAUACUACUAGAGUUCAGCUUGGUUUCUCUAAUUGUGCUUCAGCGCUUAACAACAAGCUUUGGCUUUUCUGGAAUGGGGAUAGAUUCAAACUAUUAUUCUUUCAAGAGUUUGGUCAAAUGUACACCUGUCACUUCUGGGAUAAUAACCUCAGCACCAAGUGUAGCAUCACCUCAAUUUAUGGCAAACACACUGGAAGUCAGAGAAAGGAACUAUGGAAGGACAUCUCUGAUAAUGUUAUCAGUGAUCACCUUUGGAUUUUAGGGGGUGACUUUAAUGUUAUUUGCUCCCUUGAGGAGCACCAAGGCCUAACCACCCCCACCCUGGCAGACAUUACAGACUUCAAAGACUGCAUUGAAGCCAUCCCACUCAUUUGCCCAGCCUUUGAAGGAGGGCUCAAGGCUACACUUAAAAACUGGAGCAGGGAAACAUUUGGUGACAUCUUUGAAGCUGUAAAUGAAGUAGAAUUUAAAGCAGUGAAGGCACAAGAAUACCUCAUCACCCUAGAGGACAAUUUCAUGAUGGGCAGAAUCCCAAAUGAAGCAGAAAUCCAAAAAGAAGUUUGGGAUCUUAGUCCUACUAGCUCAGCAGGCCCUGAUGGAUUCAAUGGCAGCUUUUUUAGAGUCUGCUGGAGUAUCAUUAAAGAGGAUGUCAUCAAGGUCACUCAAGAAGUUUUCCUAGAAGUCCCUAUUCCAAUGGCCUUUGGAAGCACUCUCAUCACUCUGAUCCCUAAGAAGAAAGUCUGUAAGCAUUUUUCAGACUAUAGGUCCAUUUCUCUCUCUACUCUUAUGAGCAAGAUUAACUCCAGGAUCCUGGCCUCUAGGCUACAAACUCUCUUAUCUAAAAUCAUCUCUAAGGAGCAAGCUGGGUUCCAAAAGGGAAUGGGUGUGGAUGAUCAUAUCCUAAUGACUUGUGAAAUGGUCCACAGUCUAGAUAAACAUUGUGACAGUGGCAAUGCUAUCAUCAAGUUAGACAUGGCUAAGGCAUUUGAUAAAAUCGAAUAGAGCUUUUUAAAGGGGGUUUUAAAAAGAUUUGGCUUCUCACAGUAUGUUCAAGACUUGUUACUUGCAAACCUAAUUGGCACCCAUAUUUCAAUCCUAAUUAAUGGAUGUCCAACAGGUUUUUUCAAAAUGGAAAGAGGAGUAAAGCAGGGGGACCCAC